AUGGCCGCAACAGCGAGCAUGGCCGCCGAAAUCGGAGACCUGGAUUUCAACCUCGUCGUGCCUGUCCUUACUACUGAUACGGAAAAGAAACAGGAGGCUGGCAUUGGUAGCUUGCGUUUCGCGAAUGUGUGGCUCGAAGCUAGCCGGAACAUCGUCAGUAUUAGCGGACGGAUUGACUUGGAAGGCGGAGGGGGAGGGGAACGAGGAGCGCUUGCGCGCUGCACUAGCGCCCAUCACCAAGAUCCAGAACGAGCAACAACACCCGUACCAAUCGCGUCGGCCGCACGCACGAUUUCGAGAAUCCCGUGGCUGGCUGCCACAUUCGCCGGGGCGCGCAUGAAUGCGACGCUGCCGCCGCUCGGUGACAGAGCACGUCUGGUGCAUGACAUGAGCCCCGUCAGCUCUUGCGUGCGCGAGCCCACAGCAGCUGCAGGCGCUAUUACAGACUCAGCCUACGACCCGGGCCCGCUAUUUGCGCUGAAGACACUCGUCCACUUGCUCGGCAGUGCUGCGGUGCAGAUCGACGCCGGCGGUGUGACGACGGAGAAGCUUUCCGUCGCGCUGAACCCUGGCCGUUCGGCGCUUGUCGGGCUACUGCGCUUGGCUGCGAGGAGGGAGGCCGUCUCGCUUGGAAUAGAUCUAGAGGAGGUGCCCGAAUUGAAACUGGGAAGAAAUGGCCCCAGCCGGACGCCCAAUAUCCAUGGCGACGCGGGCAACCGCGGAGAAGGGGUUACACCAGAUCCGGUACUCAGGCGCAAGCGCACGCUCUCCGCCUUAGCGUCAGCAACUCUUCCCUCGGAAGCGACGUCCGGCCUACCCGCGCUGCUCGUCCAUGCGCGCGCCCACCUCUCCAUCACGGCGUAUCUCUCGGCGCGUGUGCUCAUUGGCUCGUACGCGCUACCGCAGCCGAUAAAUUUCAAGCAGGAGGACCUGUGCAUCGCGUUCACGCAGCAGGUCCCCCAUGCCAUCUCGCCUGAUAUCGGCAAGCCAAUCGUUUUUCGCCUUCUAGAGCAGGCGCAGAUCAACGUCGAGCGCAUCAAGGUGCGCUGCAUGAGCGCGGAUGGGAUCGGAGCGGCUUGGCAGGUCAAGCUUGAGAGCUUCGACCUGAUCAGCGCCAGUGUGCACUUCCCGCAUUGGCCGGAGAUCGCCGAGCUCGAGGAUGACGGGCAGAGCGGCGGGAGAGUAGUGGUAGCGCUGGAGUUUCUGGACGACUUCAUGCUCGAUCCACAAGAUCAGCGCGCACUUUCCACCAAUGCGCGCAUCCGUUCGCUAAUCUCUGGCAAUGCCUCGAACGUCACCAUCGCCCAUGCGCAGAUACCCACGCGCUCAACAACGACCAGGCGCACCAGAGCCCGCCCGAUGGGCAUCAACACCAUUGGCGUCACAUUCGACUCGAGUUUGGAAGAGGUCAUCUUCAUCGCAGGCCUCAGUGGGCUUGAAGUCAUCCAGGCAAACAAUCUCAGCAUCGGCGGCGAGAAUAGAGAAGAGUCUGCGCUGCUAGUCCGCGCAGAUGCGCAGGUUGUCACGCACGCGCCAUUCGCCGUGCACCUGGCGGAGAUUCAGCGGGCGCUCUAG